AUGUCUCAACAAUCAUCAUCAUCGUUGUCAUCUUCUUCAUCAAAUAGUAGUAUUAGUGGAGAUGAGGAUUUAUAUCUUCGUUCUUUAUUUGCUCAUAAUUCACCUGAUGCAUGUUCUGGAUUAUUCCGAGGUGCUCAACAAGAAAAACAAUUAAAAGGAGUGGAAGGAGGAUUUCAUACACUCUAUGUCGGAUGUUUAUUGAAAAUGUUAACCAAGCCAUCGGAUCCACUUAAUUAUUGUUUACCAUCGUUUAUAAAAGUUCCACAAAAUCCAAUUGAAAAUUCAUCUGAUAAUAAUAAUACGGAUCAAAAGACAGAAGCAAAAAUUGAUGAUGAAUUAUCAAUAACAAAAUUAAAGAAAGUUAAUGAGUGCAUCGGAAUGGACAUUCAAACAACCGCACAUUAUCUUGAAGAACUGGAAAGAGUAGUUUCUCGGAAACCAGCUCAAGCUCUUUCUCAUCUGAACAGAAUUAGUUCUAUUAAAAAUAAUUUGCAAUUAGAGGAAUCGGACUCGGUGGAUGCUAUUCGGAAUAAGGUUCGAAGUGCUGUUGAAAUGAAUUGUGCCGAAACUUUUAAUGAAAUUGAAACAGCUCAGUCACUGGAUAGUCAAGCCUACUCCAUGUUUAAAGCUCACCUUUGUUUAUUUGGCUCUGUUUGCAAAAGACAAUUCCAAAAUUGUGUCACUACACAUACUUCACAUAGGUCAUUUGCCAAAUGCCUGGAGAAUGCCGAACAGAUGAAAUGUUUCAAGCUUUACAAAGAUGUUGACUUUUAA